AUGUCGAAGCCAGCAUUAAAGAAAAAAGACAAUUCGUCCAGCCGCGAAGCUUUAUCUAAAGAGUCGCCCAGUAAAGAGACCUCCUCCGGUGUCUCUGGGAGAUCCUCAGACGAGCUUUGGAGAAGCAGUGUCUCGAUUUGGCCCGAAUGGAACGAGACCGAAGUCAGUGCUGAGAAAUGGGACGCUGCCAAAGGAGGAAAGGAUGCCAAGGCUAGGAAGAGCCCUCUUACUCAGUUCUUUGAAGACCCAGAUGGGAAGGUAAAGAUCCCAACAUCGUUGACUGUUCACUCCUGGAAACGGCCCUCGGAGCACAUGGUGAACAAGGUUCCAGUUGUUGUGGAAAAUGAAUCGGCGUUUGAUCUCACUUCAGCCAACGAGCAUUUGUUCUCCAGUGAACUCAUGCGCUGGAUCAUAAGUGAGAUCUGCAUCGUGUGGCACGUGUGCAACAGACAGCCAGGCGCGGACAACCCACCCUCUGACGAUGCCGCCUCCAGCUCCUGGAGACCCUGGGAGCACAUCUAUUCACUUUGUAAAGCUUCCAAGGGUCAUGUGCCGCUUUAUAACGUCUACGGGAAAUACGUGGUCCGGCUCUACUGGAUGGGCUCCUGGAGGAAGAUCACUAUAGAUGAUUCGUUGCCAUUUGAUGAUAAAGACAAUCUGCUGCUUCCAGCUACGACCAACCAGUCUGAGCUCUGGCCUAUGCUGCUGGCGAAGGCCAUACUUAAAUUGGCCAGUACAGAAAUGGUGCGAAAUACCAUCAGAGAGCUAGAAGAAUUCAGCAUUGUCCACUGUCUGACCAGCUGGAUCCCGGAGCGUCGUCCCCUUAAUCCCAGGCUGAAAUAUGUAGAAGAAACAUGGGAAUACCUGAAAAACAGCAUUCCUAAAUUUCAGCUGAUGGAUGAGAGCUCAGAUGAGAGAACUCCAUCAGUCAACAUUACUGUCACCAGAGACUCAGCGAGCGAGCCACUUUCACCAAACAAAGGCAGUGGACCCCCUCCUCCUCCUCCUCUUUCUCCUGCUCUUCAGAUAGUUAUGUGUGCCAGUUUCCAGCCAUUCAACCUGCAGGAGAAGAAGACCUCCAUGCUGGGCCAGAUGGCAGAUGCGUCUCAGAUACUGCGACAGUACGGGCUCUGUCAGCUCUACAGCCACUCUGUAUUGCUGACGCGUACAAGGGACUGCCCCCUGGUGGCUGCUCUGAAACCACCCCCAGUACCUCAUUCCAAGCUCCUCAUCCCUACCCCCAAGGAAAUCGAUAAUAUGGAUGAACCCAGAAAGGUCCCAGUGGAGAGGCCUGAGCAGUACAUAGGGGUGGCUAGUCCUUUCAUCAACUUCAAGCUUGCACCACUUAAAAUUGAUUCUAACAUGCUUUCGAAGCCAGUUGGCCAAAGACGCCACGUCUAUACGUCUAACCUUGCUUCAUUCUCGGAGUCGGAGGAGAACGAGGAUCCCAACCUCGCUCAGCAGGACAUCGCUCACAACAGCUCGCUGGAUGCUGUGAAUACCGAGGUAGCAGCAGCUGACAGGAGGAAGGAAGGCAGUGUUGCUAACGAUGCUAAUUUGGCUCCUGAGAAGGAACCCACAUCAAUCCAGGGAACGAUGCUUCAGGAAACUUGGAUCCACAUGCAAGACUUCACCAAGUGCUUCCAGACCUUGGUGGUUUUUCACAAUGAAAGCAGCUACCAAUACCAGUUUCAGAAAUCACACUUUACGGCACAAGAUGAUAAGUGGCAUCAGUUCUUGACUGUAGAUAGUCUGCUGCCUACAGAGAUUCUCGUCUGUUUCUCAGCACUGGUUCGCUGGGGAGAGCAAACGGAUUGCACAACCAGGCCCGGUCAUCUCAUUGUUGAACCGUUUUGCUGGAAGAGCAUCCAGGCUCAGUAUCCCCUGCUGACCAUCAUCACCUCAUCUUGUAAAGCAUCUGUUCUUUCCCUGCCACCAGGGCGUCACAUUCUCCGCAUCCACACGCAGGCGUACUUCGGUGUCCAUGUGCAGCUCUACAGCAAGACAGCUUUCGUAUUCGGAGACGAAGACACAGUGAUGCCACACCUGGAAAAUGAGAGCCUGAGGUUCUGUGAGCAGGCACAGACGAUUCUUGGCGCUCUAGGUGGACUGCUCAGAUCCUUCUCGAACCCAGACGAACUGUCAUCAGCCACGAGGACGCUGGAAGAUGCUCUCUGUUCUUCGUCACUUAGCAAAACAACAUUUGGAGUGCACUGGAGGGUCUUCAGUCAUGCAGUACACCACAUGUUUAGCUGUGCCCUGGGAAGAAGGCUGACAUCUGAGGAACUGUUUGCAGUCCAGACCCUGACUAAAGACUCAACUGGUGAUCCAGAGCGCUGGAGAGAUAGUCAGCUCACAGAAGAGGAAAAACAGGCAGCAAAUGUUUUGCAGGAUGGCUUUAAGGGCAACCUAGAGAGUGAAAUUCUCAAUGCUGCAACACCAGGCACUGAGGAGAAUGAGAAAGUCAGCAAGACUCUGAUGGAGAUGUGGGCUUUUGUGGAACAAGACAUAGAGAAGCAUGCUGUGUCCUUACUUAGGUACAUGCUUACGAGCAACGAGCAGCUAAUGACGCUGUACCCAUGCAGUGGGGACGAGUGGACGAAAAUGACCUUCACCGAUUACUCUGUUCCUGUCCGUGAGACAACUAGCAACUGGGUUCUUCUUUUUAGGGAGGUGUUCUAUGUUCAGAAAGCCAUUCUUCUUGCACCUAAGAUCUACUCUCCAUUGCAGUGUCACCUUCACGUCAUCAACAAUGACACUGGGGAGGAAGUGCCUAAAUUCUUCAACAGUGUAUUGCCAUUUACAUAUACACCAAAUAGGGCUGGCUACACGUUUGUAGCAUACACAGAAAAAACAUUGGUAGUUGGAGGAACGUGGCGGCUGCGUCUGAUCAGCUCCCGAGAGCAAGCGGCCAAGCCGGCUAGAGAGGAACCUGCUAGCAACUUCUUAGAGAAGGAAUUUAAAGAUUACUACUUACCCAACAGGAAGAACAUUAUCUGCAGGUACGAGGUAAAAGUCUCCUGUGAUCACGUAGCCACGGUGCAGUUCCAGGCUUCAAAAGAGGAUGUCUUUGUUAAACUCAGCAUCCUGGACAAUGAGACAGAAGUGACCAGCAAGACAGGCCAAGGGGACGUUGUUAUCCCCGUGUACUGCUUUUCAGCCAGUGAUGGUUCCUGCGGCAGUGCUGUGGAGAAGGCGGGGGUGACUCAGUCUCAGGACGGCCCUGGCGGGGGUCAUGGAGGAGCCUCUGAGUGUGAGCCUGCCCAAACGCAUAAAUACAUUCUUCAAGCAGAGGUGCUUCACAACAGCUGGCCUUUGGAUGACUCCUUGUCAGACUUCAUCCAAACUCUAAGAGACAGGGAGAGCAACGAGAUGAGAGUGUUCAAGCAUCUGACCGAUGAAUCGCCUGCUAGUGUAGAACAAUCCAACAUCGAGGCACAGAAACGAUCGACAUCCAAAGCCACCAAGGAGACCAAGACCAAGGAGAAGGAAAAAGAUAAAGACAAACCCACAUCCCAGUGUUUGGAUGAGAGUAAGCCCCACUGGACGCUGCGUGUGGUCAGUGAUCAGUCGGAGGUGGAACAGAUCGAGGUUAGAAAGGACACAGAGAGACUGGAGCAAAUUAUGGCAACGAAACUGGCCUGGGAAUCUGGAGAGCCUGGGAGAGCACUUAAGGCUUUUCACACCCGUCAGGAGUACCUGCGAAAAAUGAGCAUGCUUGAAGAAGACUACAAGUUGGACCUCACACCUUUUAUCAGAAGGACUGGCAGGCCUGAGCAAUUAAAGGGUGCAGUGUUGGAGCAGGAACAGCAGAGGGAGCGAUUGGAGAAGAUCCAGAGCUUUCGGCUGUACCGAGAGACCGUGCUGGAUCGCCGGAGGCAAGAGCAAGAGCAGACCAAGCAGCUUAUAAGAGAACAACAAGAGCUGUUUGAAAGAAUAAAAGAGGAGAAAGCCGAGCUGCUCCGGAAGUUUGAUCAGACUCGAGAGAUGAUUCAGGUCUGGAAGCUGGGAGAAAUGUCUCAGAAGAGAGAAGAAGAGCCUCAGAAGGAAUAAUCGAACCCUGUAGAGUAGAUACAAAAGACUGAUAAGAGCACCAUACAUCUACAUCCUGAACAACACAAGACCUGUCAGAACACAUCCUAGAGAACUUCCAUUACAUUAAUUAACUUCUUUAGAUGCAUACGGAGCGUGACCAUAAUCUUCUUCAGUGGGAGGAAGUUGUUCAUUUGAAUAGGAUUUAAUAUAAGAUUUUAUUUUUAACAGACCAUGUGAUUGUAGUGUCUGGAGACGAUGAGUCACCCUCUGCUUCCGAGAUUAUUAUUAAAAUUCAGGGGAAAAAAAGAAAGAAAAACCUUGAGAGUGGGAUUUUUUUUUUUUUUU